AUGGCUGGAAGUUUACUGCAUGUCGUAGAUUCGCUGCGCGAGACGGUGACUGACGCGGUAUUCGCGUUGUCAUCAUGUAUGUGUCGACAAUCUGCUACGAUCAAAGUCAAUGGUAGAUCUUUUGUGGUAAAGAGAGUGCUAGGGGAGGGGGGUUUCAGCUUUGUAUACCUUGUCGAGGAUGCGACGAGUGGUCGGUUGUUUGCGUUAAAGAAGAUUAGGUGCCCUACGGGCGAGGACGGAGUCCGCGAAGCUAUGAGAGAAGUAGAGGCGUACAGGCGCUUCAGGCACCCAAAUAUCAUUCGUAUACUAGAUUCCGCAGUUGUGCAGGAUCAUGAUGAGGGGAAAAUUGUAUACCUAUUUCUGCCCUUCUAUCAACGAGGAAACCUACAAGAUGCCAUCACAUCGCAUUCGCUCGCUGGAACCCACUUUGGAGAACUAGAGCUUGCGCAACUAUUCCGUGGCACUUGCCUCGCAGUUCGGGCGAUGCACGCGUACCGCGCCCCCGCACGCAUCGGUGACCAAUCAUCCGGGGCUCCUCCUAGACGACCCAGCCCAGCCCCCGGUCAUGGCGAUGAAGCAGACGAUCACCACGCUGCACUUCUGCCUCAGGCCGACCACGGCGAUGACUCGGAUGAUGAACACGGUGGUGGAUAUUCCUAUUCGUCCCAGCCGCUCCGAUCAGCUCCCCCACGCAGCCGCGACCCUGUUGGAGAUGAUAGUCGAUUGGUGUUUGAUGGUGAUGCGGAACUGGGGGAGAUUGAAGCCCGGGCCGGAGAGCAGGGGGUUCCAGAAGGCGAAGGCGUUAUUGUUCCGUAUGCUCAUCGUGAUAUCAAACCGGCGAAUGUUAUGUAUGCGGACGACGGUGUGACCCCUAUUCUAAUGGACUUUGGAAGUACCAUCCGUGCGCGUAUAAAGAUAGAAGAUCGCUCCCAGGCCCUGGUUCAGCAGGAUCUUGCCGCAGAGCAAUCUACGAUGCCUUAUCGUGCUCCCGAGCUUUUUGAUGUCAAGACUGGGACAACUCUUACCGAAGCCGUCGACAUUUGGUCCCUUGGAUGUACGCUAUUUGCCCUCGCGUAUGGCCAUUCGCCCUUUGAAACCACGCAAACGAUGGAACAGGGAGGUAGUAUGGCUAUGGCCGUUAUGGGCGGAAAGUACAAGCACCCACCAGAGGCUGUGGGAAGAUGGAGUGCCGGUCUAAUUGGCUUGAUUGAUGCGUGCUUGAAGGUAGAUCCGAGUGAACGCCCUGAUAUCCACCAGCUCAUCGCUAUGACCGACAAGGUCAUCGCUGGCUUACGAUAA